CUGCCGAAAGAAACGGUCAUAUUUUCGUUUUAUUUGAGGAACAAUUAAAUAUUAAAUAUGAGUGAAAAGUUACAUAAAGUUCCUUUUGAAGAUGCUCUGGAAAUGACAGGUUUCGGGAAAUACAACUUGCUCAUAGGCGUUGUAUGCAGUUUCAUGAUCAUUGGCAUGGCCUUCGAGAGUCUGUCUGUCAGCUACUUGGUACCCGCUAGCGCUUGUGAACUGGAGACCAGUACUGUGCAUCAAGGGUUCAUGGCUGCAGUUCCCGUUAUAGGUAUUCUUGCCACGUCGCACGUCUGGGGCUACUUAGCCGACAUGCGUGGGCGCCGCAAGAUCCUUCAGCUAUCUCUUGUGCUCGGGUUUAUCACGGGCGCACUGGCCGCUUUCUCGCCUCACUGGAUUGUCUUCUGCAUUCUUAAGUUCCUGUCAUGCACUUCAGUCUCAGGGACGUUCGCACUUGCCUUCACGUUACUGGGAGAGACCACGCCACGCACCAAACGUAACAUGGUUAUAUUGAUGGCCAGUAGUAUCUACCUACUCUCCACUGGAGUUAUGGCAAUAUUGACCAUCCCAGUUCUCCCACUGACAUUCUCCUACUACGUCCCAUAUCUUGGCAUCUACCUCAACUCCUGGAGACUCCUGAACAUCAUCUACAGCCUGCCGUGUGCAAUAGCCGCAAUAGUCAUAGCACGGGUGGACGAGAGCCCGAAGUACCUGCUUACUAUGGGACUAGCGGACGAAGCUUUAAGUGUCAUCAAGCGCAUGUAUGUUGUGAAUACUGGGAAAGACCUGGAGACCUUUGAGGUAAAAUCGAUCAUUUUGAAUGAGGAUGCUACUUCUGGAUCACAAUUCCUGUCACUUUGGGCAUCAGUGAAGGCACAAACGUUGCCCUUAGUAAAGCCACCAUUGCUGCGAAACACUAUUCUGCUCUCCAUCAUGUACGCGUUGAUUUAUUUCUGCAUACAUCCUUACAUCGUGUGGUUGCCCUUCAUUGCUGACGGAUUCAUGAAGUCUAUCGAUAAAGGCGAGACUGGCCUCACUAUUUGCCAAAUGCUGCGAUCAGCGCAUACUUCUCAAAAUCAAUCUUUAGGUGUAAUCGAAGAGGUUCAAGACUGUACCCUGAAUCAAUUUGCUAUGAUGAUCGUGCUCAUCAAUGGAUGUGUUCUCGGGAUGAUGAAUUUCGUCAUGAGUGGACUGAUCAAUUUGGUAGGAAGAAAGAGGCUGCUUAUUGCUGUUCAAAUAAUAACCGGAACAGCAGGCGUUUGCAUUAACUUCAGUAGUUCCUGGGCCGCCACGUCCGCCAUUUUCAUGGCUUUCAUCGCCAACUGCCUUAACUUCGCUGUCCUCACUACUUUCAGCGUGAACAUCUUCCCGACAUAUCUCAAAGCAAUGGCAGUAUGUUUAACCCUGAUGGUGGGCCGAACCUGUGCCUUCUUCGGCAUCAACAUUCUCAAGCAGAUGCUGAUCAGCGACUGCGAACUCUCCUUUUACAUGUUUGGAGGAUUGACUAUCGUGGGCGGGAUAUUAGGAUUUCUGCUGCCAGGCGAUGAACAACAACACAAACAGAAACAAAAUAGAGCCCCAGAAACUUGAAAGGACUCACAAUAAAAUUAAAUUAUCCAUAUUGCAAGAGUGCAUGAAAUAAGAUCCAUAGAUUUUGGAAGACUACCCUUGAAUCUUCCAGGGUCCAAAUGUCCUAGUACUGGACACGGUUCCAGUGGUUGACAUUUUGAACCCACAUUUAGUGCCGAAAAUUUUACUACCUACCUAACUUUAUGAUUUCGUACAAAUCGAUUAUGACAUUACAAUAUAAUAUU